AAUUCAGAUGUGGCAAUGCUGCUACCAGAGGUGAAGCUGUGGCUGUAAACAAGACCCGUCCGGAGGCUGGAGGUCGUGUUGUCGUAGUGCUGCUCUCUGGCUCUCUCCACUCUCUCUAACCCCACCACACGCGCUUCUUGAUAAUAUUAUGAAUACUGUUUUGACUGGCAUUAGAGUUAACGUGUCUGUCUAGUGUGAGGUCGCACCGCCCAGGAUUACAAAAUGCCUCAUAUUACGAUACUUCCACAAGAUACAGAUAUCACCCAAGCCUUUACGUUAGAACAGUGUUAUGGUUGUGAAGCAGGCUGCAAAAAGGGAAGUUUUAUGUAUCACCACUGUCCAAUAUGCCCAUCAUCGAGAUUUGAACCAACCACAAAGAUGCAGGUACUCCAACAUCUUCAAGCACACUUUUAUGGAAAUAGAAUUGGCAAUGUCCAUGUUAAAGGUUAUAUGAUAACUGGCUGCCCACUGGAAUGUAUAAAAAGAAGAAGCCUCAAAAGGAAAAAUCACUUUCACUGCCCUUUUUGUGAGAAGAAGUUUCUUACUAAAAAUUCUUUUAGAAAACAUGUUGAGAAAUGUGAACCUAAAGAUAAUGAGGAGAAAUUAAGUAAUACUUCUGUAAAAUGUCCAGAUUGUCACAAAUUUUACACAAAAAAGUAUAUGGCUCGGCAUAGAAAUGCUAUCCACCAUCCGCCAGAGGCAUCUAUAACCCUACAAAAAUACCGCCAUGCUGUUUCAAUUGAUGAAAAUGGAAUUUAUGCCGUUUCCAAAACAUUGCGUGGUACCCAGCAUCCAAUACAUGUCAAGAGAGUUGUUGGAAGCAGCCAUCCUGGAUAUUGUGAGGUUCGAGACUGUGUGGAUUCAUUCCAAGCACAUCAGCGAAGCGGAGAUCACCUGUAUCAGUGCGAUCACUUGAAGGCCAUAGAUUUUAGUAUAGCAGGUAGUGUGUGUGAAAUGUCCCUUGAUAAAUUACUUGAUAUGCUGAGUGAGGGGUUAAUAUCUUCAGCAAACCAUAAAAUAUGUAAAGAAAAAUAUGAUGAAGCCAUAGAAAGUAACAGUCCAUUUAUAGUUGGUAUAACACAGAUGAAGCAUGUGAAAAAUAGACACCAGUUCUGGAGUGUGUACACAGGUGAAGAGCGUAGAUGGUGCAAGUUCCAGCGCAUCAUUGUCACCCUGGAUUCUAUUAAAUCAGCUAUAUGGUGUCGUUGUAAGCAGAGAAGCUGCUGGCAUAGAAGUGUUGUAGCAUGGUGGUUAUACCAGGAAUCUGGCAAGUCAUAUUUGCAACAGAUAACUGAGGGUGAUUCUGAAGGAGAGAAUAACUAUAACAGUGAAGUGCUGGAGCAUACAGUUAGAGAAAAAUUGCCUGAGGAAAGUAUUGAAAGGAGGAUUCAGUACAUAAUGAGUAUGAAGUCCAUUCCAUGUGGCAAUAUAUUUCCACCAUUUUCAGUGGACAAGUGUCCCACACAGCUGAUACCAAGUGAGACAACUUGCCACUUCUGUCACUCUGCCCUUGGCUCUCCUCAGCUUGUCUCAAGGAGGCCCAUAGUAGUUGACUAUUGCAAGCCACCAUGCAGACAGUUUGAGACCUUCUGCAAAGUGUGUCCAACAUGCCAUAUGAAGUAUCGCUACAAUGAGAUUAAAGAUGGAUUAUUCAACUUCAACAACAUUCUGCUUAUCACUUAUUCUUUUCUUGUUUUCAUUCGUGCCUCACUGUUGAAUCACACUGCCAUAAGUCGUGCUGUAUCUAUUAUCGAAUAUACCUUGGACCUCACUCUGAAUCACAAGGAACUGGAACAUGCUUACCUGGCAUUUGAAGCAUUAUGUGAGUACGACUAUAAGUUCAGCUGUUUUCGGUGUGGCUAUCAUCCGAAAGUACUUACACGUGACCCUGCUCAAAAUGAAGCCUUUAAUGAUUCAGAAAAUGGCAUUCCACUUCCAAACUCUCCUGUUCCUGAGAAUGAUGCCAAUAUAUUUUGGGAGAAAGUAAAAAAAGAACUGGUGGCCUAUUGUUUCCUUAAGAAUGGCAUGAAAAAUCCAUAUAGGGUACUUCCAAAGAAUCACAAAUGGGCUCCCUACAUUGGUAACAAUGGAUUCAUUCGCUGUGACAGUGCAAAAUUCUGCAGUGAAGAACACCAUGAUAAUCAGCCUAAAUGCAACCAAGACACUGGAAAGAAAUGCCUAAGACUCAAGACAUCAACCUGCACCAUUUACAGAUCUUCCACUAAAGCAAAAGCAAAAGGAAAAUUUUAAGAUAGUGAUAUGAAUAGGGCUUUAAGUCAUAUUCUUAAAGAAAUUGUAAAGAUGAGAAGUGAAUGAAUGCAUUUCAUCAAGUAUUUUACUCAUGUGUAAGUGUAGUAUCAAGGAAAUAAUGGGAAUGUUUAACAAUGAUGCAUGGAAACAGUUCCUGAGCACAGUGAAACUUAAAAAGGAAAUAGCUAUAUGGACUUGAUCCAGAAGGGGGGAAUGCUAACAUUAUGUGAAUUUCUUAUAAUUACUUACGAAGAUGUGAAUUAUACUUCCAGUGAGAACAAUUACAGUGUACAGGAACGACUAGGAAAAAUUAUGGAUUUUGUAUAGAGUGUGAUUAGAUAAAUGCCUAUUACUGAUGCCAGCUGUGCAUCCAAUGACCAGAUUUAAGUAAAGGUCAGCAUCAUUUUUGUUUUCUAUUUAAAAUUUGCAAGAUAAUUUGUCAAAUGGUGAAUUCUGCCUUGAUCUUGUAUUAUUCAUGUAGGUGUCAGAUAUACUAUCAAAAGAUUUUCUUUUGACCAAUUGUGUAUAUACUGCAACCUCUGGGAUCUAGAUCUGGAUUUCUGAAUACAGUACAGGUGGUCUUCCAAUCUUGUUCAAUACUUCAUGGGGAGCUGAUACAGUAGGUGCAUGCUCCUCUCUUUACAUUCCUCUCUUGUGCUGUCUAAACUCAAUUAUGUCUGUCCUGCUUACUCAUCUGCCUCUUCUCUUUAUCGUCUCUAUACUCUCACCAUACUGGGUUACGCCUCGGCUCUGGUGCCUUUCAUUUGACUCCUACCUUAAGCCUGUAUGUUGAAACCAGCAUCCUAUCUCUACAGGAUUGUCGUAAUUGCUACUGUCCUCUCUACUUUGUGUGGUCCCUACAACAUCCUCGCUCUUGCUUGUCGUAUUUUAACCAUAACCCCUCCUAUGGACCCUGUUCCCUUUCACCACCUUUCCCUUUCUGUCUGUCUUUCUUGCAAGGUUCUUUCUCGGUUCGUGUUACCAAUAUUUCUCCUCGUGUCAUUCCAUCCCUCCCCCCCCCCAUGGAGGGUGCCCCCUUCCUAAGUUUUGCAAAACCUUGACCCACAUGACAAAAGCUUUUACUUUUUCUACAGUUCUGAAAUGCCUUUUCCUUGCUAACUUUUCUACACACUUCCACUCCAUUUCUGUCUUUACAGAUGGGUCUAAGUCUGCCAACUGUGUAGGCUACUCUGUUGUAUUUCCUGACUACACCUAUGUGUCACCUGGCCCUGGAGACUAGCAUCUUCAUGGCAGAACUUUAUGCAAUUUUUUAUGCUCUUCGUUCUUCCUUUGUUGUUGACUCUUGCAGUCCCCUCAUGGCUCUGGAGUCCUUUAAUCCAGUCCAUCCUGUGGUAAUCGAAAUUCAACAUUGGUUGUUUCUUAUCUCCAGCAGAUUUAAGAAAAGUAGAGUUUUCUGGGUUCCCAGCCAUAUUGGCAUUUCCGUAAAUGAGUGUGCAUGUGCUAAGGAGGCUAUACACACCUGUCCCAUUUCCCACAAAGGUGAUCCUUAUUUCGACUUCUACUUGGUUAUUCAUUCCUCGAUCUGUGUCCGUUGGCAGGAUUGUUGGUCUUCUGUUACAGUAUUUGGUAACACAUUGUGUGCUCCUAAGGGUAGUGUGGGCCCCAUGGCCUUCCUCCUACCACCUCAACGGGCGGUGGAAAACAGCUCUGGCGAGGUUAUGUAUUGGCCAUACACGUUUAACUCAUGGGCACUUAAUUGAGCGCUGUUCUGCUGCUUAUUGUCCAAACUGCAUUGUCCCUUGUGCAUUUCCUUGUUGAAUGUCCUGACUUCCAGGAUGUGCAUGUGUCUUGCUUCCAGACUGUCCCUCAUGGUCACCUGUACGUCAAAUAGAAUCCUUGGUGAAUCAGAUACCUUUGGUAUCAUUCGCCUUGUGCGCUUUUCUUCAAGUACUGGCAUCCUUGGUGAUAUUUAGCGCCUUUUGAAUAUUCCGCACAUUUUAUGGUGCUACAUAGUCUCCCCGUAGUCUCUUCCAUUGUUGAUUGACAGACAGGGCAAGUUGUGAGUGACAGAAAUGCUCUACACAUAUAUUGAAUAUUUAACAUCAGACACUUUUCAAAUGUAACGGAAAACGACGAGAUGAUACAGUAUUGUAUCGGGUUUAAGGUAUGUAUGGUAAUUUUUUUUUAAUUAUCUUAUAGACCAAAUAAAAAGAAAGGCUGAUUUUUCAUUGAUUUAUUGCAAAAAGAUUCAUUGCCAAAUAUUUGGAAGACUUAGAGACUACAAUAUAUAUCUACAGUGGAUGUGCACACUGGAAUGUUAAAAGGGAAAUAUCAGCUGAUAACCUGUAAACAAUCAUGGCCACUUAAAUUAUAGCUAAUUCAAAGUUUUUAUUAUCAUUAUACAUAAAAUAUACAUGUGUAUAGAUUUGAUAAAUACUGUAUAGAGAAACUCAUUCUUAUAUUCUAAAAUUACAAAUGAAUAAAGAUUGACAGAGGCCUUUCUUAAGCUACUGAGAAAACCAGGAUAAGCAUAGACUACAGUCUUCAGCCUUGGUGCCUUUUGUUAAUUACUUAGUCUUCAACCCAGAUAACAUUUAGAAAUUGAUGCUCAAUGUUUAUGGCAGAAAUUUAUAUAAGCAAGGACAAAAGAUUUGAUAAAAAUUCUGUACUGAAAUUCAUUAACAUUUAAUUUAUAUUAUUUUUAAAUAAACAAAAUAUGCAGUAAAUGAAUUAGUGGUUACAUUUCACAAGAGGAUGCAUUCCCUUUACAAAAUUGUCAGCAAAUGAGUCAAACAGGUGGUGAUAAAUGUAUCAAACUGCACUUGCUUGAAAGUUUUAGUGUACCAUAUGUUAGUUCUUUUAAUGUUGCACCGAUUUCUAGUAUAUGUAUAUACUGUACUUACGACAACAAGACUACUGUUACAUCCGACUUGAGAACUUGAAAAGUUCUCAAGCUACACUACUCAGGAGGUACCUGUAUCUUUAAAAACUACUUAAGAUGUAAGAAAUAAAUAACAUAACUGUUAGAUAUGGAUAAUAUCUAGUCUUGACUGUGGAUUCAGUAUCAUACUACAUUAUUACCAUGGCUACCAAGACAUACUUCAACAUGGCCUGACUCCUGUUGACUUAGUAUGGGUAUUCCGAGAUGUGCAAGAAGAUGAUGAACCUUGUGGAGUACUUGAUAAAAUGCUCUAUCUCAUCAUAGGACACUGCUUCUACCACCAUCCUGCAACACAACAUUAGUAUUUAUAGACAAUUGCAAACUGUACUACAGUGUAUCUGGACAAUACAGCUUACUCACUAGCUGCUGGACUUCCCUGCCAGUUUGUUAGUCCUCUCCAACCACCUGGCCCUAUGGAACACCCAAAGAAUCUGCACUACAUGGGGUAGGAGGGUCCCCCCUUGAUAAGUAGUAGACUCCAGGGGCAGGUUCCCAAACAAUUGGGAAAGAGACCCCGAACAGAAGGUAGAGGCAACACCAGCGGCAACCAGAGAAGGCAAAUCUGGCCACAUGCAGCCAAGGCAAACAAGUUAUCAAGGCACAUGCAACAGGUUGGCAUGAUAAACUCAUGUGAAGCAGUAAAGGAACUAGCACAGGACAAAGCCCAAGGGAUAGCCAACACUUAGCUGUAAAGCUGGUGUCCACAGAACCAGGAGGACCAAGCCAAAAUGCGGCAAGUAUGCGAAUGACACUGGGUAGCUGCCAGAGGGUUGCCAGGGCUGCUAUUCAUCUAUGUUAUGCUAUAUGAUUGACAAUCGACUUGAUAAUGGUCCUGGACGAAUCAAAAUGUCAUCUCAUUUUCUUGUGUGUGGUUUAGUCAUAAACUUUUUUUUUUUUCAGCUACCCCUCUUAUGAAUCCAUCCCUGCUUUUGUGACUGCAGUUCAAAUUUGUAAAUUGAAACAUUUAUAAUGUCUGAUGUAGAUUGUAACCUCAAAAUAUAUGUGCUUCAAUGUACAGAUUUUAAGGUACGAGAUUGAAAGCCGUACCCUAAAGUAUCGGUAACAACACCCGCUCUUACAUUCUUAUAAAUAGUGGAAGUGCCGGGGUCUAUAUAGUAAUAAUCACCAGUUCUAACUAAAUGGGGCAAGACAUACACCUUGGCGUGCAAUUUUACAAAAAAGAUUUUACUUAACAAAUACCAGAUUUCCUCACACUUCUUAGAACAGGGGGGGGGGGGGGUGUACUUGGAUCCACCACAGGAUUGAUACAGACAAAAAGGGGGGGGGAGGGAGUAGGUUCCUUCUCCCUCUACAACCUGGGACUUAAGGUCAUUACUCUAUUCCACUCCUCUUAGGUCACUACAAAGGGCCUGGGUUUACAAAUGGAUAUACAAAAUAAAUAUGGAUAACCCCCAUGUGACACAGCUGAGCACAUACACCUGAAUUAACAACACACUCUCCCUACACACAGGGUUCUAAAAAUCCUUAUUUCCACAAAUUCCUAUCCCUAACUCAUAAAGAAAAGGGGAAGCACCGCUAUAAACAUCUAUAAUACUGCACUUAUCUUGUUUGUUGGAGACCGUCCACAACACAGGUCUGGUUGUCACUGCCUCCCUCUCCCAAGUGACUGAUAGGGGCUUGCACAUGUCCCUGUCUGCCUGGUUCCAAUAAUGUCUCCUCCCUAUACAUGUCAUACACAUUUCCCAAUACUUCAUUUGUGUGUCUUAUAAUGUUCCAGGCUGUUUUUCUACAUUUAACACUGAUGUUUCUCUAUAUUUUCUUGCAUUGAAUCUGCUUUUUCUUAAUCAUUUUAUCCCUUUUGUUUACAAUUUUUUUUUUUUUUUUUUUAGGAGAUUACAUUUUCCUGUUGAGAUGAUGCUCUGUGCAUCUGAAAGGGGUCAGAGUUCCAGACUGUUUUUCAACAUUUAACACUGCUAUUUCUCCCUACACAAGGCUCUCUCAAUAGCACUGCUAUUUCUCCCUACACAAGGGUUUCUCUUACAAGAUUAGACCUAUUAUCUUGUGUGUGAAUGUAAUAAAACUCAAUUGGAUUACUCAGAUUAGGCAAAAUUGUAUAUUUUAUCAAUAAAGAUGCUAAUAAUAAUAAU